AUGUCGGACGCCUCAGAUUUACAGCAGGUCAUCUUCGCGCUCGAGAUUUGGCAAAUCAGCGACUAUACCGCUAUAUCGGCCAAUGCGCUUUGGAUUCUCGAUUACUUGCAGACUCUCCCGAUGGAAAUAGAGGCGAUCUGGAUGAAAAAGAUGUCUGGAAGUUCGCUGCUCUUCCUCUUGAACAGAUAUCUUUUCAUUGUAUAUCUUGUCUGUCAAACUAUCUCCGAGACACCAGGAACGAUGAGUGACGAAGCCUGCUACUCGUUGAAUGUCAUCCUCAGCGUCACGGAGACUGCAACGAUUAUUGCUACUAGCUGCUUAUUUACACUGAGAGUAUAUGCCAUAUACUCCAAGAGCUUGGUGAUCUUCAUCAUAGGCAUGGUACUUACCCUCGCACGGUUGGGUACCGAUAUCGCUAGUAACAUCCCGUUAAGUGGUGAAUCCACCCGAGGAUCGAUUUAUGAGUCAUUUUCUCGGUGUGCAGAUAGUAUAGACGACAGCAAAUAUAAUGAAUAUCUCAUAGUCUCGACGUCAAUAUUCGUCCUUGCACUCGCCUUCGACUCCUUCAUGUUUGUCAUGACAAUAGCCAGGACGUUCAAGCAUGGUAGAGAGAUGCGAAGGCUUGGACAAGCGACUCCCACCACGAUAAUCCUCAUACCACAAUCUAACUUCACAAUCGGACCCGACAGCUUCCCCAAUCUUCUCAUCAACCGACUCGUCCUCAACCUUCGAAUGUAUCAACGACCUCGCUACGGUCUCAACACAACAACAAAACAGCACUCGAACCUCGCAUUCGCAACAAAUCGUAUACUCGGAAACAUAGGUGCCCCGCUUGAUCCGGACCAAUGGGAUGAAGAUUAUGACAUUGAAGGUACUUUUGACUCGGGGGAUUCGGACGAAGUGGUAGACUCCCAGCACGGAGAGGAGAAAGACGGAGCGCUGAGGAGUCCUGCGACUGUGGAUUCUGGAGCUUCAGAGAGCCCGGUGGACGAGGAAAUGCAAAUAACACCGGUACAAAGGAGCCUAUCUACCGUGGCGGAGGAUGCAGUGUGA